GUAGAGUAAAGAUGAGCGCGAGCAGCGCUGCCAGAGUGGAAAGUAAUAGUUACUUUAUUGUACAAAAUAGGGCUUAUUGUACCAACUUAACGGCACAGAAACUAGUAAGUUACUAAAGGAAUCCUAUUUUCAGAAUAGGAGUACCUUAAAAUACUUACUCCCCUGUGCGAUCAUGCAUAGCAGUUGAAGUUUGAUCCAACGGGUAGCUUGCUAUCAAGGUUUAUCUACAUUUUUCACCUCAAUAAUUAUUAUGAAGACAUUCAGGUAUCCUGCCCGACACGGUUAUGCCGUAGAGGUGUCUCCCUUUCUAUCUAGUAGGCUCGCAUGUGCCACAGCACAGUAUUAUGGAAUAGCUGGAUGCGGGACGCUGCUUGUGCUUGAGCAAAGGGAAACUGACGUGUGUCUUGUAAGAAGUUUUGACUGGAACGAUGGGCUGUUCGAUGUCACCUGGAGUGAAAAUAAUGAGCACGUGCUGGUGACAGGCGCAGGAGAUGGUUCGAUUCAACUGUGGGACACUGAGAACCCCCAAGGACCCCUACAGGUGUUGAAAGAGCACACUCAAGAGGUGUACUCUGUGGACUGGAGUCAGACUCGGGGAGAGAGCCUGCUGGUAUCAGGGUCAUGGGACCACACGGCCAAAGUGUGGGACCCUGAGCGUCUGCACUGUCUCUGUACCCUGCGGGGUCACGAGGGGGUCGUCUACAGCACCAUCUGGUCGCCACACAUCCCAGCAUGCAUUGCAUCAGCAUCAGGAGAUGGGACUCUGCGAGUGUGGGAUGUGAAAGCAGCCACCUGCAGAUUGGCCAUCCCUGCCCACAAGGGAGAAAUCUUGAGCUGUGAUUGGUGCAAAUACGACCAGAAUGUGCUGGUGACUGGCUCGGUGGACUGCAGCCUGCGCGUGUGGGACCUGCGGAACGUCAGGCAGCCUGUGGCACAGCUAGGGGGCCACACCUACGCCAUCCGCAGAGUCAAGUUUUCCCCUUUUCAUCCCACCAUCUUGGCAUCCUGCUCCUAUGAUUUCACUGUCAGGCUCUGGGACUUCUCAAAGGCUGAGGCCCUGUUGGAGACGCUGGAGCAUCACUCUGAGUUUGUGUGUGGCCUGGACUUCAACCUGCACGUCCCUAACCAGGUGGUGGACUGCUCGUGGGACGAGACCGUGAAAAUCUACUGCCCUCCGUGGCUGGCUGCCGCUCAGCCCGCCGCACCGUAGGAGGAGAUGACUGUGUCCUGGAGCAAGAUGGAGAGAGAGAGAGAGAGAGCGACAGACGGAGGGAGAGAGAGUUUGGAAGAAGGUGUCCUGAGGAGAGGAGGUAGAGAUGGCACUGUGAGGAGGGAGGGAGGGAGGUGCACCACCACCUCACACGGUACAACUGGCACGUUCGCAUCAGUACCCCGGAGGGAGGGUGCUCCGAGGUUUUUUUUUUUUUUUUUUUUUGCUAGGACAGCGUGCCGCUGCGGCAAUCCUAAUGACGCAAUUAAGGGAGGACUCUUCGGAUUGGGGAGGGCAGCCGUGCGAUCACCCACACACACACAGACACACACACACACACACACACACACACACACACACACACACACACACACACACACACACACAAACACUGCACAGACACACACACACACACACACACACACACACAGAGAUCUGGGAGAACGGGGUUCCUCUCUCAUUCAGCUCAACGCAGCGCACACACCGGAUACAGUUGAAUUGCCAUUACAGGCUGUAAACCUGGGCAGGCACUGUCGGGCAGAAGUGUGGAACUUUUGAGGAUGAACAAAGCUGUUCCCUCUAAAUGCCUUACAGACAUGUUCAUACACCAUAAUCCCUGAUGAUUGGUGAUUAUGUUGUUGUAAUUAGUUAAUUACCAUGUUGUCAUUUGACAUUUGUAGAUCCUGUGCCUGUCAUGGAAUGCCACCAUCAUUGAUCACGUUUACUAUGUCUUCACCGAAAACCUAAAGAUACAUCAUAUACGCAUUGAAUUUUAUGGGUUAAGAAUUUCAAACUGUAUAUUUUUGCAACGUGUUAAUCCAUUAAAAUGGUUAAAUCAUAGUUAUAUUUGUGUUGUGUGCUGUACAUUUACUGAUGAGUUGGCAAAAUAAAUUAAUG